AUAAUUAACUGUUAUAUCUGUUUACAUACAAAUAAAGCAACUUAUAUAUUUACUUAUUCCAUAUAGAAGAAUUCCAUACACAUCAUUUGGAGUAAUGGAGCAAAUAGCAUACAUAAAAUUAAAAAGCAUCAUAAAUUAAACACGAUGGUCAAAUUAUGGGCAACCCUGCUUAUGUUACAUUUAAAACAAACCAACAACUCGACUGCAUUCGUUAGCACAUUUCUGGCAAAAUUUUUCAACUUUGUGACCUUCUCCAAAAGUGUGCUACAACGCCAACUUCUUUUUGUCUGCCCAAUGUAUUUAAAUGGAGAGAAAACCAAACCUACCAACGAUAGUUGCAACACCAAACAAAUUAGUCUUUGGAUUCCUAGUGAAUUAGUUGGUGGCUGUCACACAGUUGGGAGCGGUUACGCUUGCAUCGUUUUGAACCGCACACUGCAAGCGCCACCACAAACAAUAAAACAAGUAUGGCAAAAUGCACAAAUUCGUUGCUUAAUAGACGGCGGUGCCAACCAUUGGCGCGAAUUUCUACAAAAGCAUUGUGCCCUCGAAAAAUUAAAAGACCCCGAAUACAUAACAGGUGAUUUCGACUCAAUAACAGAGGAAACUCGUAAAUAUUUCAGUGCACCUAACACUAAAUAUCAACACACACCUGACCAGAAUGAAACUGAUUUUACAAAAGCUCUUCGGUUUUUACAACCGCUUAUGAAAGCACAGAAUCUUCACGAAGUUAUUGCAUUGCAAGAGAAUACGGGCCGUCUCGAUCAAAUCAUGGCAAAUAUAAAUACAUUAUUCAAAUUACAAAGCGAUACUCUAAAUGUAUAUCUCCUGAGUAGUGCUUGUUUGAGUUGGCUACUUCUGCCUGGAAAGCAUACAAUUGUAGUACCGAAAGAACUAGUAGCCUGCCAUCGUUGGUGCGCUUUGAUGCCGAUUGGAAGUAGGGCCAAUAUGGUUACUACUAGAGGAUUAAAGUGGAAUUUAUCACAAUCCCCGCUGGAGUUUGGUUAUAUGGUUAGCACAUCGAAUACUUAUGAAGCAGAAGAGGUCUAUGUAGAAACAGAUAGCAGUUUAGUGUGGUCCAUGGGAUUAUGGACACAAAAAGAUUAACAAGAAGUGUAAUUACAAAUGAGGAACUGUACAAAAUGUUUACUUAAUAUGCAAAUUAUUAUAAUUAUCUAUAUAUUGACGGUGAUUCUGGUAUUCGUUCCAUCUCAUUUUCUGGCGAAUUUGAUCAAGUGCGUACAAAUUCAUGCGUCCGAACAAUUCUCCAUAGUUUUCUUAUUCGAAAUUUUUCAUUGUAGGUAUACCAGUAAAUAUUAGUCAAAGGGAAAUAGGAUGAAGUCGCAAACUUGUCAACGGUCGCGAACUUGUCAACGCAAAAUUUGUGUUCCUCAUAGGUCUCCUGCGGACCUAUUGCUAUGUAAAUGCAUGCUUUAAUGGCUUUAUUCUUAUAUAUAUAUAUACAUACUUAAAUAUUUUACUUAAAUACAAUGUGAUUCCUUGGUACCAUAUUUAUAUCUGACCAAGAAUUCUCAUUCCAUCAGUGUUCCCAAAUAUGUAU